AUGCAACAACCAAAGAAAUUUUUUUUUUGACAAUUUAUUUUUUCAAAUUUUAAGUUUCAUUAAUUAAUUUCAAUUUGAAUUGAGCAACAAAUUUUCAAUUAUUCGUCUACCAAAAAAGUCUAGAUUAGGUGAAAAAUAUGAAUGAAUGUCAAAAUUCCAGCAACGAUGAGAACAAGCUUCUUGAACCAUAUCAUUAUAUUAUGCAAUGUAGUGGUAAAAAAAUUCGAACCAAACUUAUUCAGGCUUUUAACCAUUGGUUACAGAUUCCAGAUGAUAAAUUGGAAAUUAUCAACACUAUUAUUGAAAUGCUUCAUAAUUCAAGUUUAUUGAUCGAUGAUAUUGAAGAUAAUGCUACAUUACGUCGUGGAAUACCUGUAGCGCACAAUAUAUUCGGUAUUGCAUCGACAAUCAAUUCGGCCAAUUAUGUCUAUUUUCUUAGUGCAGAUAAAUUAAUUAAAGAAUUUCCAUCAGCUAUAAUGCCAAAAGCAAUUACUAUUUUUACUGAACAAUUGCUUGAAUUACAUCGUGGACAAGGAAUGGACAUUUAUUGGCGUGAUUCAUAUACCUGUCCAAGUGAAGAACAAUAUAUUGCCAUGAUUGAACGAAAAACCGGUGCCUUAUUCAGUCUAGGUGUAAAAUUGAUGCAAUUAUUCAGUGCUGAUCAACGUGAUUUUAGCUUUUUAAUUACAUUGUUGGGAAAAUAUUUUCAAAUUCGUGAUGAUUACGCUAAUCUCAAAUCAGCUACUUAUGAAGAAAACAAAAGCUACUGUGAAGAUUUGACAGAAGGAAAAUUUUCCUUUCCCAUAAUACAUGGUAUUCUUUCGAAUCCAAAUGACAAAACAUUAAUCAACAUUUUACGAAAACGUACAACAAAUGUUGAGUUGAAAAAAUUUGCCGUUGAAAAAUUGGAAUCUUUUGGUUCAUUUGAAUAUACAAUGGUGACAAUGAAAGAUUUAAGUCAAAAAGCACGAGAAGAAGUUGAUCGUUUGGGUGGUAAUAAAUAUCUACAUCAAUUAUUAAAUUAUCUGGAAACAAUUUGAACAAUUUUUUUUUUUUUUUGUUAUUAUUUUUUUCAAUCAUUUU